AUGGCUAGAAUUGGAAAUGGAGAUGCAAACCAAUAUUCUUUUCAUAAUACUUUGCUUGAGAAAUCAAUAGAAGAUUUGAAGGAGCUUUUGUUCCACAGAGACGUCUCCAUUAUUGGUGUGCAUGGUAUGGGCGGUGGUGACAAAACGACUUUGGCCUUGGCUUUAUGUGAUGAUCCCCACAUCAAAGGUUGUUUCGCAAAUAUAGUUUUCAUCACUGUUUCACAAUCCCCAAAUCUGAAGGGAAUUUUAAAGAUUUUAUGGGAGAAGAUCUUUGGGAAGAAUGUAGCUGAGUUUCAGAAUGUGGAAGAUGCAAGUAUGGAGCUUCAGCAGCGGUUUUUAAGGCAGUCUAAACCAACUUUGGUGGUGUUGGAUGAUGUUUGGUCCAGAGCUGAUUUGGAAAUAUUACUAUUUGAAGCUCCAGGAUACAAAACCCUCAUCACAACCAGAGAUACUUCUACCAUCCCCAGAAACGCAUCUACUCGGCUGUAUCAAUGGCCAUUGUUAAACAAAGAGGAUUCUCUCUCACUUUUCUGCUUAUCGGCAUUUGGACAGACAUCAAUUCCAAGUACGGCAGAUGCAAAUCUAGUCACAGAGGUGCAAGCCGAAUGCAAGGGUUUGCCUCUUGCUCUUAAAGUGGUUGGAAGUUCUUUGUACGGGGAACCUCAUGUGGGCUGGGAGAAUGCAAAGAAAAAACUUUCCCAAGGGCAGUCCAUAUCCAUUUAUCACGAAGAAGGGCUUUUCAGAUGCCUGAAGACCAGUAUUGAUUGCUUGGAUGAUGUUGGGAGGGAAUGUCUCUUAGACACAGCCUCAUUUCCAGAGGACAAGAAAAUUUGUGCUGAUGCACUGCUCAACAUUUGGAUUUAUGUUCGGAAGAUGGAGUGGCAGGAUGCCUAUAUUAUGUUACAGGAACUUGCAAGAAGAAAUCUCCUCAGUCUAAUAAGCAAUCAAGGAAUCCAAUCAACAAUCUCGUACGGAUGUGCCUCUGAGCUGUUCUUUUCGCAGCAUGAUGUGAUGCGAGACUUAGCCUUGUAUUUGGGAUGUCAGGACAGUAUAGUCCACAGAAAGAGGUUACUCAUGCCCAGGAAGGAGCAUUGCCUACCAGGGGAAUGGGAUUUGCUUAGAGAUAGACAGUUCAGUGCUCAAAUUGUAUCUAUUCACACAGGCUCUAUGGCUGAGAGUGACUGGUAUGAGAUGAAUCUUCCGGAGACAGAGUCUCUGGCGUACUCUCUGGUGUUACACUUUUCUGCAAGCGAAUACUUUCUUCCUCCAUUUCUGAAAACUAUGAAAAAGCUCAAAGUUUUAAUAGUAUGUAAUUUGGGUUCAGAGAGGGCCACAAUAAAAGGUCUAGAUGCCUUGCCUUCACUCACACAACUCAGAUGUGUUCGCUUGGAGGGGUUGCUUCCACCCGCUAUUCCCAAACAGAGUAAAGUAAUACAAAACUUGGACAAACUUUCUCUAAGCUUAUGCGAAGGGUUUGUAAAUAUGUCCACAUUCAAUGACACCAACCUGCAAGAGUUUAACUUGGGCCACUGCAGCGAUUUGGAGGAAUUGCCCCUUGCCAUGUGUCAUAUGCCCUCUGCUCAGAGAUGGUCUGUUACCAACUGCCAUCUGGUUAAAAAAUUGCCAUAUAAUCUCGGAAAUAUGAGUUCUCUAAGGAUGUUAAGAGUAUCAGCAUUACCAGGCCUGAAAGAGCUUCCGGUAUCAAUUGGAAAACUUGGGCAGCUGGAAUUUCUAGACAUUUCACUAUGCGAGGGCUUGGAAAAACUUCCUGAUGAAAUAGGUGAGCUCAAGAAGUUGAAAGAGUUUGACAUGAGAGAGUGUUAUCAUUUAAGGGAGUUGCCAGAUAGUGUUUGUGGAUUAAGCUCCAGAUAG